GGAGUUAACCCCCUUUUCCUGAAAGACACUCCGCCUUUCUGCCCCCGGUAAUCGAGCUUCCGUUGACAAAUUCCUGGUGCUGGCAAAGUUGUCCACUGGACCCUUAGGAUUCGUACGUGCCUGGAGACCUAAACGGAUUAUUAAGGACAACCGUGGACUUCAUCCAAGUUUUCUCUUUUGGAAAAGCCAACAAGUUGCCAUCUUAACACACGAACAGCUGUGCUACAGCCGGGAGGAGCUGCGCUGUAGACAAAGGAGAAGUGACUCGUCAGCGACUCAUGAUUAGUUUAACAGCGUCUACAGAGUUCAUAUGUGGGUUUCUUUCAGACUAGUAGACCUGGGCCUACAUGUUCGGCUCAGACUAGUAGCGGUGUAAACACUUGGACUCUCCGACAGCCUCGCGUGCGCACUGCCCCGCGGGGGCACAGUCAAACCGGGCCGCGGAGGUAAUUUGUCCCGUGAGCCUCAGGUAAAGGCGUGUCGCACUCUGGGAGGAGAGCUUUGUUCAGCCUACUCCCUGACAGUUUGUUACAGAGACAGAAGAGUGGAGCUGGAGGCUGUGUGCGUUUAGCUGAUGUAACGGCUCCUUUUUCAGAUGAAACAUUUUUGUUUACGUGUUCCCGAGCCCAGGUCACGCGGACACUUUGGCAGCGCUCAUGACAAAAACGACUUUUCCCCACAGUGACCCCGUGGACUGAGUUAAAGUGGGUCAGACUCUCUUUUCUACUUUCCCAGCGGAGCUACUGGAGCCAUGGCGCUGUCUCAGGUUCAGUGCCUUGACGACCACCACGUCAACUGGCGCGUGAACGAGAGCAAACCCGAGUUCUUCUACAGCGAGGACCAGCGGCUCGCGGUGGAGACGCUCAUAAACGGCGGCCGUGAUGCAUUCACAGACUUUAUCAAGACUCAUGGCGUGCGUCAGUUCCUUUCAGACGAAGAACUGGACCGGAUCGAGAACUACAUGGAGCUGUACCGACCCGGUCACGAGCACCACCAAAGACCAGACACCCCCAUAACCCCAGGACUGGGCAACUUGACCCCUGGGGCCGGGGACGAUGGAGACGGGGAGAUUUCGCUCCAGUACUGGCCUGACCGCUCCGAGUUCUCAGUGGCAGAACUGGACCUGGGCUGGCCCGAAUCAGUAUCCUACCGUGGAGUGACACGCGUGAACGUGCACACGCAGCCCCCAACAGAAGGCCAAACGCACAUCAAGGAGGUGGUGCGCAAAAGCAUUGCUUCAGCACAAAAGGUGAUAGCUGUGGUCAUGGAUGUUUUUACAGAUGUGGAUAUCUUUCGUGAUCUGAUGGAUGCAUCCUACAAACGUAAAAUCCCUGUGUACAUUAUCCUUGACACCGCCUCGGUCCCCUGUUUCCUGUCCAUGUGUGGCCGAGCUGAUAUGCACCGUGGGCACCUAAAGAAUUUACGAGUCCGCAGCUGUGGAGGUGUGGAGUUUCUGACACGCAGUGCUCAAAAAGUGCGAGGAUCUUUAAAAGAGAAGUUCCUCCUGGUGGAUGGAGACAGAGCCAUCUCAGGGUCAUACAGCUACACCUGGUCAUCAUCCCGCUUGGACCGAAACGUCAUCACAGUCAUCACAGGGCAGGCUGUGGAGACCUUUGACCUCCAGUUCCGUGACCUCUAUCUUUUGUCCCGAGGUGUGUCUCUCAAUAAAAUACCAAUGGCCGACGAACCCAUCCCUGAGCCCAUUCCUCAAGCCGCCCCAACGCCCGUCUCAGCAAAUGUGGCCCGCAAACUCAUCAACCCCAAGUAUGCUCUGGUAGCCACGGGAAACCAUAUAAGCCCCACCUCCUCUGACCAAAACUCAAGCAAACAGAAUUCCAAUUCCCAGCUUCCCACAGGACUGAAAAUAAUGAAAGGUCGUCUUAAGGAGGUUCAGGAAGAGCUGCCUUUGCAUCCAGGGUUGGCGCAUUUGGAAAAGGCAUAUUUGAUUCCGUAUCUGCCCACAUGGCCUGAGCCGGAUCCUCCAAGCGAUGUGAUUGGCUUCAUAAAUAUUCGAGAUGAUAAGAGAGCCCAUCAGGUUCACUUGCAAAGGUCGGAAAGAUUUGAGGUGAGCCAAGCAAUACGGUUUAGUUCGCCACUGACUGCACCAGCAAAAAAAGAAGAUAAAACGCCUCCUUCUCCUGCUGAUAAGGAAGAGCAUGUUGAAAAAUCAAAGAAUACAGAGGCCAAAACACCAACAGAGGUGAAAUCCUUAGCCUCAACACACAAUGACCAGGUAGACAGCAAAGAGGAGACUGUCAUUCAAAAAGACAACAAGGAACCUAACCAAGAUAUUCCUACACAGACACCAAUUAUGGAGAAUCAACAGCCAAUGGACAUAGCCAACCAGGAAGUAGAAUCUCAAAGCAUAGCACCUCCUGUCCCCAAGCGUCGCACUUUACAGUUAGUAAUAGACACUGCCUCCUCAGAGAAACCUGUUGAAUCUCAGGUAACAUUAGUAAAAAUUGACCCAGUGGUCAAUGAUUUGUCAGACAAAAACAUCCAACAAGAAGAGGUUAAAAUGACCCGGCAUCGGCUCCAGUCCCAACGAGAGGAGCGCGAUUCGGUGAGCAACGAGGAUGGCAGCCAGGACAGCACCAAAGUCAUCUGCGACCGGGGGGUUAUCGAAGAGCCGUCCAGUAAUUCCACUGGGUCUGAGGAAGAGUUCUAUGAUGCCCAGGUGGAGCAUCAGAAAGAGACACUCAUGAAUGGGAUAACGCCAGAGUCGAAACAGGGGCACCGGCCAGGCGAUGGGCUGAACGUGAUGGCCCGCUUCUCCCAGAGCAUGUUGGACCUGAGGGAGCCCACACAGCCGGACGACAGCAUGGCACUCAUUCGGCAGUCACAGCAGAUGCGCCGGCAGAACUUUCCUUCCCCGCACAGGCAUAUUGGGCAGCUGUUCGAGCCCUCCAGAUCUCCAGGCCAGGCCAAAGUAAUCAUAGCAAAGCCUGGAGCUCACCAUCGUCCGAGCAGGGCAGUUGCACCUGUGAUCGGAGGACACCGGUACUGGCAGUCUCAGAUGUUACCGCCUGAUCCAGGCCAGCCCACCUCUCAGACACGUUCAGGGCGGUCACCUCGCCGCCACAGUCCCAGCUACAGGAAGGGCCAGCAGCCCUCGGACCAGCUCUCAGCCAAUCCUGCAGGACUGUUAGGGGUCCCCUUCUCCAAACUGAGCAACUUGAAACACUUAAAGGCACGGGCGGGAGUGUCACAGAAGAAAGUGCCUCAAAUGAAUAAAGCUAACCAGAUGAAAUAAUGGAAUAAAAAGGAUACAUGAAAUAAUAUUAUUAAACUAUGGCUCUUAAUAGUAUGUACGUCUGGCAGCCUCUGUAAAUGUAAACUCUCAUCUUGCAAGAACUGAACCUGAUGAUCUUAUGGGGUCCACAGGGAUCUGCAGUGACUGGACGUUAUAACGUUUGUCCAGACUUAAGUGUAUUUUUUUCCUAAAUGUGUCCUUUUACAUUAUGUGGGCCACUGGUUAAUUUAUUAGUUUAUAGUGAAAAUACAUUACAUUUGGAUGUAUAAUAAGAUCUGGUUGGAGUUCUGUCCCCCCUUCCAGUUUUGAUGAAUCACAUCAAGUUACUGAAGGAUUUUCCCAUAGACUGCACUAUAAAAAACAGGGCUGGUAUUCGGGAGUCAUGAAAUGUUUUAAUAUUAUGUGUAUUUUGAAUUGUCUGGACAAAAGCUUGCAUCAGCUAAGAGGGAUUUUCUUUCUGGUCCGUCUCUGUGGCUAUCAUUGGUCAGGAAAAAAAAGGGUAUAAGCACGUCCCUAACAGUGCUAAUGCCACUGCUCAAACAAUAUAGAAAUAUGGUUCAAAGAUAAAUAAUAUAAACAAUGCAAUAACAUAAUGAUGGCAUAAUAUAAUAAAUUUGACAUGUGCUACCUGAGUGUGCCUCAUUAUAGAUUGGUCCUUUUUUCUGCUCAAGGCUUUUAUUAGCAAACAAGAAUGACGCUGUUGCUUGUAAUCAUUGUUUAGACAAUGUGUUUUUAGCAACUGUUCUGCAAUUGUAUUUUAGUUAAAACUUCCAGGCACUUCACUUUCAUCUCUUUGUAAGUUUACUAUCAUUUUUUAAAAUAUUUUUGAACAAAAAGGCAGACCCUGUCAAAUUACAGUGUUGUAUCCUGUUUUUGGGGUGUGUAUAAUGGGUUGUUAUUUGUACAAUUAUUUUGUACUAAUGUGGAGAGAAAAACGUGGUUUAAAUGUGUAAAAAUAUGUACAAGUAAGAUGAAUAGUCUUUAAGUAUCUUCUUGAAAUGUACUUAAAAUGUUUGUACAGUAUUUGUGAAGAUUGUGUAACCCAAAAUGUAAAUAAAGGAAACACUUCUUAA